AUGGGCGUGGCGGGGCCGCGCCAUCCGGUGGGCGUGGACGUGUCGCUGCCGCGCGCUUCCUCCUCCGCCAACCUUGCCGCGCAUAUGAGCGCUUCUGCUGCGCCUUCCGCUGCAGCACUGCGCGGUGAGGGCGAGGGGCAGCGGGAAGCCGCGGGAGUAACGGUUGCGGGCGGCGAGGGGGCGAGAUUCAGCCGUGACGACAGCAGGGGUGCUGGCACCGACAGAGCCCAGGCGCAGAGGGUGUGGAGUGCGACAGCGAGCGCGCGGGCCAAGGCGUUCUCCCCCGCCAGCCAGACCACUCUCCCCCCACGCUUCCCGCACGCCUCCCGCAUCGCACAGCCUCUAUGCCAACCUCCGCAGGUUUGCGGACGCCCUCCCCCGAUGCGCGCGCGCCUGCAGCAGCGGAGGCAAAAUCUCUCAUGGGAGAGAGCGGGGCAGUGGGGCGAAAGGGGAGGAAGAGGGGAGCGGAGUGGAGGAGGGGGGAGACGUGCCAGGGGGCGCCACAUCGCCGCCUCGCCUACUCAGCAAGUAAUCACCGCCCCAUCGCCGCCACAUCGCUGCAUCUCCCCGCUGUCCUUCUCUCUCCCCGCUGUCCUUCUCUCUCCCCGCUGUCCUUCUCUCUCCCCGCUGUCCUUCUCUCUCCCCGCUGUCCUUCUCUCUCCCCGCUGUCCUUCUCUCUCCCCGCUGUCCUUCUCUCUCCCCGCUGUCCUUCUCUCUCCCCGCUGUCCUUCUCUCUCCCCGCUGUCCUUCUCUCUCCCCGCUGUCCUUCUCUCUCCCCGCUGUCCUUCUCUCUCCCCGCUGUCCUUCUCUCUCCCCGCUGUCCUUCUCUCUCCCCGCUGUCCUUCUCUCUCCCCGCUGUCCUUCUCUCUCCCCCCUGUCCUUCUCUCUCCCCACUGUCCUCCUCUCUCCCCCCUAUCCUUCUCUCUCCCCCCUGUCCUUCUCUCUACCCCCUGUCCUCCUCUCUCCCCACUGUCCUCCUCUCAUUCCGUCUUUCGCUCUCGCUUCCUUCCCCCGUCGCCCAUGUGCAUUCCCCUCCCCUCCCUGCAGUCGUCGCCUUCGUCUCCCGCCUCCCCGCCUUCUCAUUCCCUCACCCUAUGCUUCAAUCACAACCACAUCCUCCCAAAUGAGAAGAACUUUUCAUUCCUUCUGCCUUCCUCUCUGCCAUCCUUCUUAUCCUACCAACCUCCCAGCCUAUAG